AUGAUCGAGACCAAGAGAAACUACUUCCCUAGAGGUGGUUGGGAUACACACCACCACAUUUUUGAUCCCUCAUUUCCGUAUAGCCCGGACCGACAUCUCACCCCGCCACCAGCAACGAUUGACGCAUUUACCGAUUUCAAGAAGAGGCUUGGCAUUACAAAGUCAGUCCUCACACAUGGAUUAUCAUAUGGAGAUGACUGCAGCUCUUUGAAAGCUUUCAUACCAGAACUUGGCCCCGAGACCACCAAGGCCAUUGGUGUCAUUGAGCCCGAGACGACUAGCGAUGACGAGAUCAUGGCAAUGCACAAGGCUGGCGUCCGAGGAGUCCGAGUGAAUCUGUACCAAUAUCGCGCCAUGGCAGAUGUUGAGCUACAAAAGAUUGCGCUGUCAGCUCAUGCUGCCAGAAUAAAGAAGUUGUCCCUUCCGUGGAGUCUUACAAUGACCACAAUCUACCCCGAGUUCUGGAGUAAACUUCAGCCUUUUGUGGAGGAAAAUAUCAGUCGAGAUGGGAUCCCGCUGAUUACAGAUCAUUUUGCCCUUCUCAAAGGGCCCAGUAUGCUACCUGCCGAAUAUCGCGAUGACCCAACCACCCAGCCUGGGUUCGAGCCAAUCAUGAACAUGGUUCGCACAGGCAGGCUUUACGUCAAACUCAGUGCUCCGUAUCGUGUCAGUGAGCAAAAGCCGCACUAUUCUGACCUCAAAUUCUUGGUGCGCGCCUUUGUCGAUGCCAAUCCGAACCAGAUCCUGUGGGGAAGCGACUGGCCUCACACGCCCAGAAUGAAAGUGCGUACACAUGAAGAGGCCAUGGCGGAAACACCAUUCAUGGAUGUUGAUGACGAGGCGUGGCUCCAGAGCUUGAGAUCAUGGCUUUCGGAUGAGGAAUGGGACAAAGUCAUGGUGGAGAAUCCAAGUAAUCUCUUUGGACAGUAG